UUAAAAGGCAAAAGGCCAUGAGCAAAGAUGGUUUCCAGAUGUAUCUGCUUUCCGCGGAUGGGAAUAUUUUCAAUAAAGCUCACGGCCAAGUGUAUCAGGAUAUGACCCAACCCCUCAGCCAUUAUUACAUAUCUUCUUCGCAUAAUACCUACCUCAUGGAGGACCAGCUAAAAGGACCCAGCAGUACUGAAGCCUAUAUCAGAGCUUUGAUGAAAGGUUGCCGAUGUGUGGAACUCGAUUGUUGGGAUGGCCCGAACGCAGAGCCGGUCAUCUACCACGGUUACACGUUCACAUCCAAGAUCCUCUUCAGCGAUGCCAUCAAAGCCAUCAAAAAUUACGCUUUCAAAGUGAGAGCUGCUGCCUUCUCUUCUAAGCCCGAGGACAUGCUAAAAUUUCUAAAGCAACUAAAAGGGAAAAUUCUUGUGAAAGGGAAGAAGUUAAUUGCAGAAACGGAAGAAGUUUCAGAUGAAGAUGAAGCCGCUGAAAUGGAAGACGAGACUGUGAAAAGUGAGGUAGAAAAGAAGAAAUUGAGCGACAAGCUAAAGCUAGCCAAGGAGCUGUCAGACACGGUCAUCUACUGUAAAAGCGUCCAUUUUCAAGGUUUUGCUGAGCCACAGCCUCAUGACGAGAUGUACUCUUUCAGUGAGGGCAAAAUCCUUAAACUGGCUCAGGAAUCAGGGAUUGACCUAAUGCAUCAUAAUGUCCAGCACCUGAGCAGGAUCUAUCCAGCGGGUUGGAGGACCGACUCAUCCAACUAUAACCCUGUCGAGAUGUGGAACAUGGGUUGCCAGAUAGUUGCUUUGAAUUUCCAGUCCAGGUGCUCGGAAAUGGAUAUCCACCAGGGCCGAUUCCAAGAAAACGGAGGCUGUGGCUAUAUCCUAAAGCCAGAAUUUCUUCGGGACGAGCAGUCCAAAUUCAACCCCAAAUCCAUUACGGAGGGACCGUGGUACAGCCCUAAAAAAUUCCGGGUUACG